AUGGCCGACAAGCACGGGGCCCUCAAGUGCACCUUCUCAGCUCCUGGCCACAGCGCUGGCCUCCUGCAGGGCCUCGCCACACUGCGUGCCCAGGGCCAGCUGCUCGAUGUGGCCCUCACCGUCAACACUGAAGUCUUUCAUGCCCACAAGGUGGUCCUGGCUGCCUGCAGCGACUACUUCCGGGCCAUGUUCACUGGUGGCAUGCGGGAGGCAGGCCAGGCUAUGGUGGAGCUGAAAGGCAUGUCGGCGCGCGGGCUGCGGCACAUCGUGGACUUCGCCUACAGCGCAGAAGUGACACUGGACUUGGACUGCGUGCAGGACGUGCUGGGGGCAGCCGUGUUCCUGCAGAUGCUGCCGGUGGUGGAGCUCUGCGAGGAGUUCCUGAAGGCGGCCAUGAGCGUGGAGACCUGCCUGCACAUCGGCCACAUGGCCACUGCCUUCAGCCUGGCUUCCCUGCGGGCCUCGGUGGACGCCUUCACCUUCCAGCACUUCCUGCAGAUCUCCCAGGAGGAGGACUUCCUGCACUUGCCCCUCGAGCGCUUGGUCUUCUUCCUGCAGAGCAACCAACUGCAGAGCUGCGCCGAGAUCGACCUGUUCCGCGCCGCCGUGCGCUGGCUGCAGCACGACCCUGCCCGGCGGCCACGAGCCAGCCAGGUGCUGUGCCACGUGCGCUUCCCGCUGAUGCGGCCCUCGGAGCUGGUGGACAGCGUGCAGACCCUGGACCUCAUGGUGGAGGACUCGCUGUGCCGCCGCUACCUGCUCGAGGCCUUCAACUACCAGGUGCUGCCCUUUCGGCAACACCAGAUGCAGUCCCCGCGCACGGCCGUGCGCUCAGACGUGCCCUCUCUGAUGACCUUCGGCGGCACUCCGUACACUGACCACGACCGCGCCGUCAGCGCCAAGGUGUACCUGCUGCCUGAACCCGGCGCCCGCCAGUUCCGGGAGCUGGCCGAGAUGGAGAUGGGCUGCAGUCACACCUGCGUGGCCGUGCUGGACAACUUCGUGUACGUGGCGGGUGGCCAGCACCUGCAGUACCGCAGUGGGGAGGGAGCCGUGGAUGCCUGCUACCGCUACGACCCGCACCUCAACCAGUGGCUGCGGCUGCAGGCUAUGCAGGAGAGCCGCAUCCAGUUCCAGCUGAACGUGCUGGGGGGCCUGGUCUACGCCACGGGGGGCCGCAACCGCGCCGGCAGCCUGGCCUCGGUGGAGCGCUACUGCCCGCGCCGCAAUGAGUGGGGCUACGCCUGCUCGCUCAAGCGGCGCACCUGGGGCCACGCGGGGGCAGCGGCCGGCGGCCGGCUCUACGUGUCGGGGGGCUACGGCAUCUCGGUGGAGGACAAGAAGGCGCUGCACUGCUAUGACCCGGUGGCCGACCAGUGGGAGGUGCGGGCACCCAUGAGCGAGCCCCGCGUGCUGCAUGCCAUGGUGGGCGCCCGCGGGCGGCUGUACGCACUGGGCGGCCGCAUGGACCACGUGGACCGCUGCUUCGAUGUGCUGGCGGUGGAGUACUACGUGCCCGAGGCCGACCAGUGGACCAGUGUCAGCCCCAUGCGGGCGGGCCAGUCGGAGGCGGGCUGCUGCCUGCUGGAGCGUAAGAUCUACGUGGUGGGCGGCUACAACUGGCGCCUCAACAACGUCACGGGGCUGGUGCAGGUCUACAACACGGAGACCGACGAGUGGGAGCGCGACUUGCACUUCCCAGAGUCCUUUGCCGGUGUUGCCUGCGCCCCCGUCUUGCUGCCCCGGGUCCCCAAUUCGCACAGGUAGCGCUGGGGGCCGUCCUGUGCCCCAGGGUCCUGCCAGCAGAACCUAGAAGCCAAGAGGCUGCAAAGCUCUGCCCUCCCAGUGGCCUCCCUGGGAAGUGGUGGCAGGCAUUUGACCUCCUUGCCACCUCCUCCUCCUCCCCAGCGGCCAGGGCCUCACAGACACUCAGAUGUUGAUGCCAAAGGCCAUGGUAUGCGGCCCCUCCCCCAGGCCCCUGAAGGGCCUUAUGUGCUUGAGUUUUCAAAAUAAACUGAAUGCGAACC